UUAAAAUUUAAGACAAAUUUCCAAGAGUUUACUGAUGUUGAAAGUAGUGUGCAGAUUAGUAACCUUGACAGAUUCCAAGUGCACUUUUCAGAAGCACCUCAUCUUCAAACUGUCCCAAGAGAAGUCUGUCAAACUCAGGUGCCUGAUCUACAGGUCUGAGGCCUCUGCUUGAAAUGAAAGUUCCAGAAAUAUUUGAUGAACUCCAAACUAAGGGCAUUGUUACAGAGAAGACCAGGCUGAAACUUGUUAAAGUUUGCAUCUCUGACUUGGUGGAAAAGCAUGGAUUUUAUCCCUCCACUACUGAAAAGGUGGUUCUUGCAAAGAACAUCAUUACCAUCUUCCCGUCCCUAAAAGUCCAAAUUGAUGGCAGAGGAGAAGGCUUUGAGCAUUUCUUUGAUCCAGCAUCACGCUCCGGGUUUUUGGAGAUGAGACUUCGCAAUAUCCGCCGGAAGUUAGAGGAAGGUCAGCGCCGUUACAGUAGACACAAGAGGAGCCGAGAUGUUAAUGAAAUGUCAAGUUCUGUGCAGGAUGAAGGGGACAGCAGUGACGUCAGAGAGUUCAUCAACCUGAUGAAAAGGCUGAGGCCUUCUGCAGAAAACAUUUCCUCAAUCAAAUCAGCGAUGCAGAAACCUUCACCUGGCGCAGAUCGUGGAUAUCCAAACAUUCACCCACUAUGGAGGAAAUCUUGCAAGAGUAUCCACGCUUCUUGGAUAUACCAACACUGGGUCGCGGGGGUCGCUGGAGCCAAUCCCAAUCUCUGUCCACUGCAACCACCCAGCUUGAUACAGAGUUUGGUAAAAUGCAUGAAGGAAGGGGGGACCUGUUCCUAAGGUGGUGGGAGGCCAGCAUCAUGCCAAAGCUGAAAGCUGUUGCUGUUGCUGCCAGCGAGAAGGGUGAUGUUGCAUCUCUUGUUGAAGGGAUGGAAGACCAGAGUGAUGAUGAGAAUUGCUACAUGAUGUUGGUCGUCCUUACUCAUCUCCUUCCACCAAUUGCAGCAAGCCGCUGUAGCGUCAAGUCUGCGAUUAAGCGACUUGUUGAUUUUGUACCGGCAGGAAGUACCAUUGCCUCCCUCUACAAUGCAUCCCAGGAUCCAGCACACAGCCACAACUAGUCUGCAUUGGUCAUCUAAGGGGAGGCUCACAGCAGUACGUCAUUCUGGGCAAGUCAGACAAGAUUGCUAUCCCCUUGGAUGAAAGCCUGGCAUGUGCUGUGGACAAGCUCUUCAAGCUCUACUGGGUAUGCAACUUGGCCUACCCAGCCCCGCUCAGCUCUGUGUUCUCGUUCUUCGAGUACAUUUACGACUUACCCAUGUCAACAAACAGGAGAGCAAAGGUAAUGGAACUCAUUUCAAAAGUCAGGUCUAUUAAUUAGAUCCCACCAAAAUGUACAUUUGUCCAAGAUGUCAGUCAAGAUUCACACAGAUAAAGAAACUGACGUGGCAUCUUCGUGAAAUACAUGUAUUGUCAGAGGGAUUGGAGUUCACACUUACUUGCGGCCAAGAUGGUUGUCCAAGGACAUACCACAGCAUUAAUUCAUUUGCGAAACACCUUUCUAGAGAGCACCAAAUAACAGGUACCACUGUUGUUGAGCCUUCUCUUCAGACCAUCCCAACAUUUACAGAGUCCACAGGGACUAUCGACACAACUCUAGAGGAAAACAUAGCUGAGCCUUCUGAGGGUUUUAAACCUCUUUCUUCAAGUGACAGUGCAGCCUCAUUUGUGGCAAAAAUGUAUGCUGGGUCAAAUGUUACACUAAUGGAUGUAACAAGAACUGUAACUUGUUAAAGAACUUGUGGAAACAACCCUAGCUACAUUACAAAAUUCAGUGUCAUCCGUGUUCAACAAUAUGGGUGUACCACAUGAACAUGAACUUGUGCUACCACUAAUGGGACAGUUUGAAAGUGCCAAACAAAUGUUUGAUGACAUAGACACGCCUUUUAAAAUGAAUUCACACUUUUCCGAAAAAUGUCACCUCGUCAAGCCAAAGGACAUUUUUCUUGCUCACAGGGCAGAUACUGUGCGGAAACAAGGACAAGUGAAGCAUGUUUUGGCACCAGACACUUGUCAGUAUAUACCAAUACUUGAAACAAUCAAAUUUCUAUUUAGUAAUGACCAAAUGCAAGGUGUCUACUUAAAAAGCAAGAAAAGGAAUGACAACAUGAUGCGUGACUAUAGUGAUGGGUGUCAAUUCUCAAGUCAUCUACUAUUCCAACUGUAUCCAGAAUCCCUGCAAAUUCAGUUGUAUUAUGAUGAUGUUGAGACAACAAAUCCUCUGGGCUCCAAAACAAAAAUCCAUAAAAUGGGUGCUGUUUACUUCACUCUACGGAAUUUACCCCCAGAAUGCAGUUCAUCCCUAGCUCACAUUCACCUAUGUGUGUUAUUUAAUUCAAUCGACAGGGAGACAUAUGGGCUUGGUAAGAUACUAGAGCCACUUCUUGAGGACAUCAGAGUCCUUGAAAACUGCGGUAUAGAAGUUGAAGUUAAUGGACAAACUCAAAAGCUGCUUGGAACUCUUUCAAUUUUGACAGCAGAUAAUUUGGCAAUACAUUCACUGUGCGGCUAUGUUGAAAGCUUUUAUGCAAACAAAUUUUGCCAGUUUUGUUUGAUCGAUAAGCAAGAAAUUCAGUCAGUGUUUGAUGAAGACAAUGUUGUAAAACGCAACAGGGAGAACUAUGAGCAACAUGUUAGGUUUUGCAAUCCAAGCUCAACUGGUGUUAAAGGAAACUCUUGUUUGAACAGUCUGCAAUAUUUCCAUGUAACAGAAAAUACAUGUGUGGACUAAAUGCACGAUGUACUGGAAGGCGUGGCUCCUUUAGAAGUGAAGCUGCUGUUGUGUCACUUCAUUUAUGAAGAGAAGCUUUUCACCAGACAGAAUUGCUGGUUUUGACUAUGGUUACAUGAAUGACAAAAAUAAACCAAGUGCCAUUAUCAAUUUGAGAUCUUCUGAAAAUGCUGUGAGGCAAACUGCCUCCCAAAUGUGGUGUCUCUUGCAAGUUUUACCCUUUUUAGUGGGAGAUUUCAUUAAUAGGGAAGACCAGUUUUGGAAUCUGUUCAUUUUGUUGAGGGAAAUCUGCAGCAUCAUUUUAGCACCUGUUGUCAGUGUUGGGCUUGCUGUGUUUCUUAAGCAGCUUAUCAUAGAUCACCAUAUGCUUUACCAGAAGUUGUUUUGCCGAAAUCUAAUUCCGAAGCACCAUUUUAUGGUACAUUAUCCAAGAAUGCUUUGUUUGUUUGGACCUCUUUCUCAGUUGUGGUGUAUGAGAUUUGAGGCAAAGCAUAAUCCAAUGAAAAGGCAAGCACAUGUGGUAUGCAAUUUCAAAAAUAUUGCCAAAACUCUUGCUUAUAAACAUCAGGUUCAACAAAUGUACAAUUUCAAGCUUGGUGACCUAUUUUGUAAAAAAUACAAUGUCAACAAUGCCUUUCCUGUGAACAUUGGUGCUUUAAAGAAAGCUGUCGUUAUACUUGAGGGACUAAAGUCAGCCCUACACACAGAUUUCACAAUGAGUAGCAUCAUUUAUGUUACACAUUCGCUGACUGUAAAUGGCCAGACAUACAGGACUGGAUCUCUGCUGCCACUCAAGACACAGCAUCAAGGGGAGCACUUAUUUGGAGAGAUCAUUCAUGUUAUACCCCAGGGUGAGGCAUUCCUCUUUCUUAUUAGAGAACUUGAGUAAAGUACUUUGAUGAGCAUUUCUAGGCAUAUGUUGUGCAAAAGACUAAAGACUUUGAAAUGAUCAAUUUAGAUGAGGUUGCAGAUGUUAGACCUCUUGGCAUAAUGUCAAAUUUCAGCACUGACGAACUCUAUCUCAAUCCGAGGUAUAAGAUUUUGUGGGUGUGCUUUUGUCGAUGGUUAUUGAUGUCAUGUGCAGAAUUCAAUAACAUGAAUUUUUGUACUUGUGUUAUAUAUAUUGUAUUACAAAUGAAUUUGGUGCAUGUGAAGUUUUGAAAAAAAUUGCUUUUUAAAAGGGUUUAAUAUGAAAUCUUAAAUAAAUGACUAAUGAAUGUAUUCUUGCUUUUCAUUAUUUUUAAAUUAAAGAAAACAUUACAAAUUCAUUUACACACAAUUAACACUUUUAAGUGUUUAUCUGGUUGACACAUGUUUUACACAUAAUGUGUAAAACUUACAC